AUGUCUGCUCAGUACAAGGCUCCAAGUGCUGGCGCCAAGGUCGAGCCCAGCGCCGACGUCCGUCCUACCCGAUCCGAAGCAACCGGUGCCGUCCCCGCCGGUUCCCUCGCAGCCGAGUCCGCCAGCCAAGGCGGCGAAUUCGCCUCCAACCGCGGCGUCGACACCCCCGGCACUACCGCUUCUUACCGAACCGGCACCGGCGGUGCUCCAGGGUCUAGCGCCGCAUCGAUCCCCAAUCAGGCCGCCGUAGCGCCGACAUAUGUGAACAACCAAUACGUCCGCGACCCCAACGGACCUCACGGGAAGAAUAUCGCAGAGGGCUUCGACACGGCGAACACCAAGGACGGAGUGCAGGCUGCUUUUAACGCCGAAGUUGGUAGCGAAAAUGACCCUAGCCGUGUGGCGGAGCAGGGGCUGCUGCAGAGCCAGACCAAGGCUGGGCGGGAUGCUGGACCCCGGCAGACUGAGGUUGGGGGAGAGACUGUGUAUGAGAAGUUGAAGAGCGAUGUUCAGGCGUAG